AUGGUUCUUCUCACCUGGAGGAGGAACCCCUCCAGUGACAUGCUGCUGCUGCUGCUGAUGAUGAUGAUGCUGAUGAUGUUGGGGUUGGUACCCCGAACACGAGCGGCUCCAUCUCUGACGACGGAGCAGCUGGACACGGGGGUGGACUGGCUGAGUAAAUUCGGCUACCUCCCUCCUCCCGACCCAGUCACCGGCCAGCUGCAGACCAAGGAGGCUCUGACCAAGGCCAUCAAAGCCAUGCAGAAGUUUGGAGGGUUGAAGGAAACCGGAGUCUUGGACCCAGCCACACUCGGUCUAAUGAAAACACCCAGAUGUUCUCUGCCAGAUGUCUCCGACGCAGACGUGACGACGGGGCGCAGGAAACGAAGCCUGAACCCGCAGAAUAAAUGGAAUAAAAGGCAUCUCUCCUGGAGAGUGAGGACCUUCCCUAAGGAUUCAGCUUCACUGGGCAGGGACACGGUCCGAGCCCUCAUGUACUAUGCCCUGAAGGUCUGGAGCGACAUCGCGCCUCUGAACUUCCACGAGGUAGCUGGAAACGACGCAGACAUUCAGAUCGACUUCACUAAAGCCGACCACAAUGAUGGAUACCCUUUUGAUGGGCCAGGGGGCACAGUCGCUCACGCGUUUUUUCCCGGUGAGAGGUUCACCGCUGGGGAUACACACUUUGAUGAUGAUGAGGCCUGGACUUUCAGGUCACCAGAAUCCCAUGGGAUGGAUCUGUUUGCAGUUGCGGUUCAUGAGUUCGGUCACGCCAUCGGCCUGGUCCACACCUCAGCCAUGGAGUCCAUCAUGAGACCGUACUACCAAGGUCCUGUGGGUGAUCCUCUGAAAUAUGAUCUACCCUACGAGGACAAAGUCCGUGUCUGGCAGCUCUAUGGUGUCAGAGACUCGGUGUCCCACACAAAUCAGCCAGGCAAUCCCUCUCAGACCCCUGAGCCUCCUGUCCUGCUGGACCUUCCUGAAAACAGAUCCACACUCAUGGUGGCGCAAGAUGCUCCGGACAGAUGCACAAGUCACUUUGAUGCAGUGGCCCAAAUACGAGGGGAGGCCUUCUUUUUCAAAGGGAAGUAUUUUUGGAGACUAACACGAGAAAAGCACCUGGUAUCUCUUCGUCCGGCUCAGAUCCAUCGUUUCUGGAGGGGCCUCCCUCCCAAUCUGGACGGUGUGGAUGCUGUGUACGAGAGGCCAGGCGAUCACAAAAUAGUAUUUUUCAAAGGUAAGAGGUACUGGAUAUUCAAAGACAAUAAUGUGGAGGAGGGUUACCCACGUCCUAUCAGUGACUUUGGCCUACCAGUGGAAGGAGUGGAUGCAGCUUUUGUUUGGUUACACAACGAUAAAACCUACUUCUUCAAAGAUAACCACUUCUGGCGCUAUGAUGACCACUUCCGACGUAUGGACCUGGGUUACCCUAAAGAAAGUAUGCUUUGGAAGGGGCUGCCAUUACAACUGGAUGAUGCCAUGAGGUGGUCUGAUGGCUCGUCCUAUUUCUUCAAGGGGAAGGAGUACUGGCGAGUGCCAGGAAGUGACAUGGAGGUGGAGGCAGGAUACCCUCGCCUCAUUGCGAAGGACUGGCUGCUCUGCACCGAGAUGCAGUCGGACGCUCCAGAUUCGGAGAGCACAGAGACGAGAGUCAACGUGCACCGCCACCCGGACCACGCAGAGAACGGGUAUGAGGUGUGCUCCUGCACCUCUGACACCGCUUCGCCUUUGGGUUCCCACCUCUCUCCGUCUCCCACCUGGCUGCUGCCCCCACUCUGGACGCUGUUACUGAUGCUCUGCUCUGAACUGCUAUGA